AUGCCCAGACGAUUUGAUGACUUUAUUCCCGGCGAAGAUGUGCCUGAGGUAGCUCGGGCUGAUGAGACCGUAACUGAAGAGGUGCAUCAUGUCGGUAAUGAACUUAUUUCUUUUCAGACAGAGCCAGAUGAAAUGGGACUAUACCAAGCCUACACUACUCGUCCCACUUUGUUUCCACGGUCCUCCCUCAAUAGCAUAUGCGACACACCAAUGUUGCAGCAUGAGACUGGGGAAGAUUCCAAUAAUACUCCGUCUCGCCUUCACACUGGCCCCCCCAUCUCAUUUUCCAUCACUCCCAAUAACCUCUACUCUGCUUUCAGUAGUCCAACCGCCGGUCUACUGAUGUGCUGGCAAUACUCCAGCUCAAAUCUGAUUUCUGAUGCUGCUUUGCAGCGACUCACAACAUUCCUCGACGACGACACUUACAAUAGGGACGACAUA